UUCAGGUGGUGUGGAUCCGGAAGCAGGAAGCAGUGUGAGUUCCCAGGAACCUGGGACUUACCUUGCUUGGGGGAGAGGGCACUAGAGGCACGUGGGGCACUGCAGGCAGCUUUGCUUGGGGGACGAGAAGGUACCUGAGAUGGGACGGUCUGCUGAUGAGCUCGGGCAGGAGCUGGAGGCCACUGCACAGGAAGUACUGGGGAGACUGAAGAGCCACCAACUGUUCCAGUCUGAGUGGGACGUCGCCGCCUUUGCGGUCUUUCUCGUAUUUGUGGGCACUGUGGUGUUGUUGCUGUUACUGGUUGUCGUUCACUGCUGCUGCUGCUGCUGCUGCAGCCCCUCCCCCAGGCCCCGGAAGGUGAGCCCCGGGAAGGUGAGCCCCGGGAAGGAAAAGCCCAAGGGUGUGGAUAACUUGGCUCUGGAACCUUAAUGCUAGACUUUGGCAUGGGUCCUCUGGAAGACAGUAACAAAGUUAAUGUUUGCCAAA